CACUGCUCAUGGGUAGGUACCCCACUCCCAGCAAAAUAACUAUGCUGUUAAACAGGUACUUCUUCAUCCUCCACGUUUAACAGACAAAAUCGCGGCUAUGGCUCAAAGGGAAGUGAAGCAGGCGUUUGUCAGUAAUCUCAACGGGACCAGUUUGGGAGAGGUGGCACUUGGAUCAUUUCUCGCUCCAGUAUGCCUCAUCCUCAGGGCGUUCAUUUUAGUCCUCUACUACCAGGCCAAAGGGACUCUGCCAUUGCCACUUCCUCUGACUUCCCAUCUACUCCUUGACUUUUCUGUACUUGUUAUUCCCCUCGUUUUAUCAUGUACACUUCUUAGCAGCAUUCUUCUUCAGGUCAUUGUGUGCCUAACUUUAAUGUCAGCUUGUGUGUUUUGCUACAUCUAUCGUACUAGCUUCCUGUCCUCUGUUGUGUGGCCACAGAAGAUUGUCAACUUGCUUCAGAGUCAUGUUCAGUUCCAACAGGUUCCUUUUGUGACUCUCUUCAGAGUAUUCGUAAAUGUGAAAACAGCCAUUAGCAUCCUUGCUGUAGACUUUAGUGUCUUUCCAAGACGUUAUGCUAAAACAGAAACCUAUGGGACAGGUGUUAUGGACUUUGGAGUUGGGGCGUUUAUUUUUGCAAAUGCUCUCGUCAGUCCUGAGGCACGGAGGAGGAGCGUCUCAGGAUCCAAGAUGAGCCAUAUUACAAAGCAGAUCCUGUCUGUUUGGCCCCUGCUUGCUCUUGGUAUGGCAAGGCUGGUGAGCAUCAAAAUGACCGGCUAUCAUGAGCAUGUAACAGAAUAUGGCAUCCAUUGGAAUUUCUUCUUCACGCUGGCCAUCGUCAGAGUUCUGGCUUCUGUUCUUUUGGUUGUUUUACCAGCUGGACAACUGUGGCUUUUUGCCCUUCUGAUCAGUGGGUUUUAUCAGUUUGCUCUGGAGACAUCUGAGCUAAAGACCUUUCUAAUGCACAAUAGGGACAGAGAGAAGGACUUUGUGCAUGCUAACAAGGAGGGUAUAUUCUCCAUAGCAGGCUAUGUUGCCAUCUACCUAACAGGAGUUCAGAUUGGACUCUAUGUAAUGCAACCAAGAUCUCAAGUUAAAGAUUGUCUCAAAAUGCUUUUUAUCCUUUUUCUAGGUAGUUUGCUGUUGUAUGCUGCUUUGUUCAUAUGUCAGACACUCGUGGAGCCAGUCUCUCGUCGCUCAGCGAAUUUACCCUUCGUUAUCUGGAGUGUUGCUCAGUCUUUAUUUUUCAUGUCCUGUCUUGGUCUGGCUGAUAUGGUUAUACUCUUCUCAAAAGGAGCAUGCUGCUGUCGUUUUCUACCGUCGUCAAUGAAUUUUGAGGAAAAGAAACUCACCCCUCUGGCUUACAAAAAGAAAGGUGAAAUAGAGAGACUCUGCCUCAUUCAGGCUGUCAGCAGGAAUCAGCUGUUAUUUUUCCUGCUCGCCAACCUCAUGACAGGAGUAACCAACUCUGUUGUGGACACGCUCAGCUGUAGUAAUUUAUUUUCAGUGUGUGUUUUACUGUUGUACAUGUUCGUGAACUGCCUUGUUAUAUAUGUUUUACAUAUCUGUGGAAUUACAGUAAAAUUCUGGUGAACAUUGUAUUUGUAAUCUCACCAUCUUCAUGUCUUUAUUUUUUUAUAAUUUAUAUGAAGCUGGAUUAACUCACCCUGAAACUCAAAACAAUGGGAAGAGUUAAAGAUGUAAGAAAAUGUCAUCUGUAUGGAGAUUUUUUUAUAUUUUUGCUUGUUCAUGUUAAUAUUGACCUAAAUUGCUUUUUGUAUAUGCAUUGUUAGGGGAUUUGGAAUAUAAAUCCAUGUGAGACUAAACUCUUUUUACUUUUAUUGACAAGUCAAAGCCCUGUCUGGGACAAUUUGUCAGAGCCGGCCCAAGGCAAAGCAAACUAAUGCCCCUUAUCCACUGGCUCUAUUUUGGCUGCGCAGCUCCACUCCACUUCCCUACUCAAUCUCUUUCUUGGUUUGGCUCCAGCCGUCUGUGUAGUGCACUGUGCUGCUAUUAAAGUCAUCUGUGGGAAACCAUAAUAAUAAAUGACUUGAAAAUAAA